CCUAACCAUUAUUAUUCAUUUCGUUUUUAGUUUUUCAAGUUCAACGUGUGAAAUAUCAAUAAUGGAUUUGAAUUCUGGCUAUCAAGAACUCCAACAAAACCAAAGGUUGCUUCGUUUCCGCUCUACAAGUUCUUCUGGUGCAAGUUCAAGCAUGAUUGUUGGUUCUUCUAUGGGAAUGGAUCAACCAAGUGGUUCUUCUGCUGGUCAUUUCUCCAACAACAUCAUCUCUUUUGAAAAUGGUUACGAUACUACGAAAGGUGUUGAAAACUAUGAUGGAGUGAAUGAAAGUGAUGGUGAACUUACUCUAUCUAUGAGCAUAUUGAAGAAUCAAAUCGGAUUCUUACCAAACUCUUCUUCCUUGGGAACAUUAUCACAGAACUCCAAAAUGGGGAGUGAUGGUCAUAAAUUCUUUUAUGAUUAUAAUCAUCAGAAUGUAGAGGUAGGAAAUCAAGUAAAUACAUUAUCACAUCACAUGAGUUUGCCAAGAAAGUCAUCAGAAAUGUUUGUUAUGGAGAAUUUACAUCAGUUCCCAGAUUCUUCUGUUCCUAGCAGUAUUAGAGCAAAGCGAGGCUGCGCAACGCAUCCUAGAAGUGUCGCGGAAAGGGUAAGAAGAACUCGAAUAAGUGACCGAAUGAAAAAGUUGCAAGAGCUUGUUCCAAACAUUGACAAGCAAACUUGCACAUCAGAAAUGUUGGAAUUGGCUGCAGAGUACAUUAAAGAUCUUCAAAAACAAUUAAAGAUUAUGAGUGCAAAAAGAGCUAAAUGCAGAUGCAAAAAUCAGAAAUGAAUCAAAUUGUUUAAGUUUUCUUUUGUACAUUUGAUAAAGGAAGUAGUAGUAAACAUGGAUAAGAUCAUCAAGUGUUGAAAAUUAAAAAGAAGAAAAAAAACUAUAAGCCUUAAUAUUGAGGUUCUUCAAUUAGGUAAAGUUGAGUUUCAAUCAUCCAGACAAUAAACCAAAUGAUUAAGUUAUAAUUUUGUAUACAAAAGUUCUAGGGUAUUCAUUUUAGUUUUUACAUUGUGUUAUCAUGCAUAUAUUUUCUCCUACAUAAUAUGAAAUCUUUUACAUUGUGUUAUCUUAUUCAUUGAUCAAUAUAUCAAGACUACUAUUUUUGUUUGGUGAUGAUAAAUCUUAAAUAAACUAAAUUAAAAGGAUAUGUUAUUUUCUAUCAAACAGUCAAAAUAUAUUACACACCCAAAUCAAAAACGGCAGAAAGACCUUCUCUUUGGUGUGUAGAUAAAUUAGGGUCUGUUUGGUUU